AAUUUAGGCUCAUAUAUAAGUUGUUCUCCAUAGUCAGUGCGCAAUUCAAACCCAAUACUGUACAAGGUCUCCUUCCAUGUCGUCUAGUCCCAACCAGAGUUUUAAGCAGUCCGAUGAAACAAAACCCUUAAAGCUUGGGCCGUUCGGAUCUGAAAACGGAGGGGAAAGUUUUGAUGAUGGAGUUCACUCAACGGUCAGGCAGUUGGUGAUAUCUACAAACGAUCAGGCUUCGAGAAUUGUCUCCAUCCAGAUUGAAUAUGACGACAACGGGAGCUCUUUUUUAUCAGACAAGCAUGGUAAAGAAGACAAUUACUAUACUUAUACGAUCAGGCUUGACUAUCCGUACGAAUUUUUGACUUCAGUUCAUGGAAAAUAUGUUAAGCUUUGGCGCUUCCCAACCUAUAUCUGCUCCCUUACUUUUAGGAGCAACAGGAAAACUUACGGACCAUAUGGAGAUGAAGGAAGCCUGGGAAAGUAUUUUUCAAUCCAAGCGCCUGGGAAAAUGAUUGUUGGCUUUCAUGGUAGGACUUCCAUGUUCAUGAAUCUCCGAGCACUAGGAGCUUACCUAAAGCCUGUCGAUCAUAAUCUGAAUGAAACAUACAACCCCUCUAAACAUCUCGAUGAUAAAGGAUCUUCCAUGGUGCCGGCAUCACUAGAUCCAGCAAAUCCUCUACUUCCAGCUACAUAUCCUUUUCAAACCAAGCUCAUAAAGAAACACGAAGAUGAAGGUGAUAAACAUAUAUCAUGCAUAAUUUCAGGUAAUGAAGUUAGCGGAAACGAGGGCAACCGCAGUGGAGGGUUCGCAGUUGGAAACAAGUAUAUUAAUACUUACUACUAUUAUUCAGAAAAGUUCAAGGCAACGUACAAUUGAAAAUGACUAAUCUUUGUAUUACGUUAUACAACAUGAAUGGUUGGAUUAAAAAAUUAUAAAGUUAUUAUGCGUUAAUCGUAAGAGAUGGUGAAUAUGCUUAUUUGCCCAAUGGGUGAACCUAAGAAUUGUUUUUUUCAAUGAUCUUGAUAUUGAAAGCAUACGAAAUAUAUAAAAUCUUAUA